UUGUUGCCUAUUGUUACUCUCUCCAUCUUUGUCGCUCAAAUCUUCUCUUUCUCUUUGUCUUUUACUCCAUUUGCAGUCCUUUAUAUGCCUUCAUGGCCUUUCCUCAAUCUUAUUCAUCACCACUUUUGUUUUCUUAUUUUCUCUUCCCAAGAUUCUCCUUUCAUAUUCCAACAUUCUAUUCUUGUCCCAGUUUUCAUCGCCACCACUCAAAAACACAACCAAACCAUUGUUGUAAUCAAUGUUUUGUGAAUAUAUCUGGACCCCUGUGUUCAAAAAAUGCCAAAGUUGUGAGCUCUUCUGUGAAGUUGGGUUGUGAAAAAGAGCUUCAAAGAGGAAUAUUCAUACAUUGGCAGAAAUGGCGUCAUUGGAGGAGCUUCUUGCAGAGGAUGGAUUCAGGGGAAGAAGAUCAGUGGCAAGCUCAAGACCUUCUUUGAGUAUGCCUCGUUACCCUUUUCGAGACCAAAACAGAACAGCUUCUCCUUUAAACAGAAUAAAAACUGAAAGGGUGAGGUCUGAUGUAUCUCGACAUGCUUUAAGAGGAGGAUUGCCAAGAAGUGAUAGCAGUAGAAAGCCAAGGGAUAGUCUUAUUAGAAAAGAAAGAGUAGAUAAAAGGUCGAUGAAAGAACAUAAGGAAAAACUUGCAGAAGAUUUCCGGGGAAGUGAGAUAGUUGAGGAAGGCGUGGAAGAAAGUGAGACAGUGAUGAAUAUAUAUUAUGAUGAAGUGAAAAGAAGAUCAGAGAGGAGAGAAAAGUAUUUGAAAGGAAUCGUCGAAAAGGAGAGGCCUAAAGAGAGUUCAGGAAAGGAUGUAAUGAUAGAUAAGAGGCAGGGCAACAGCUCUACUGGACGUUUGCUCACAAAAGAUAGAAAUAGGAGAAGCUUGAAAGAGCCUGAGAUUAAUUAUGACAGAUCCAACAGAGGUUCGCGCAGUCGAAAGAAAUUCGAAGAUGAUAAUGAAAACCCUGAAAAUGCUAUGCCACCAGCUUCUGAACCUGCUCUUGAUGAAGUUGCUGUUCAAGCCAUGGUCUCAAUUCUCAGUGGUUAUAUUAAACAAUUUCUCAAAGAUGAGGAUUUUCGCACGACGCUUCGUCAUAACUCCUUCUCUUGCCUUAAUUUUAUUGAACUUGGAGAAGAAUAUCACAAUGAGAGCAAGGUCAUAGCCAAUCUUGAGCAAGCAAUUGAAACUGUAGAAAGAGCUGCUGAGGAGUCUGCAAGUUCCAAAGAAUUGAAAAGAGCUUCACUACAGCUUAGUGUGAUUACGGGGUUGAAUUCAAGUGAUAUGAAGGAUGGUUUCACUUACGGGAUUCCCAAUUCUAAGUUGUCGGCCUGUGCUCAUCUCUAUCUUAGUGUGAUAUAUAAGCUGCAAAAGAAAGACAGGAUCUCAGCAAAGCAUCUACUGCAAGUGUUCUGUGAUUCGUCGUUUAUUGCGCGAACAACUUUGUUACCUAAACUCUGGGACCAUUUAUUUUCUCCACAUCUUGCACAUUUGAAGGUGUGGUAUAAUCAAGAAGCUGAGUCUUUAACAGAUGCGCCCAGCAGGCCUAGGAAGCUGAAGCUCCUUGAGAAAGUGUACAAUGAAAUUCUGGAUUCCGGGACUUACCAGUUUGCAGCUUACUAUAAGGAUUGGCUCACAGAGGGAGUUGAAGCUCCUUCAAUACCAUCUAUACAAAUUCCAUCAACGUCUGUUCGUGGACUUCAGCGAGGAGGUUCAUUUGGUCAUUCUUCAGAGGUAGCUAGUCCUUCUGGACCCUUUUCACCGCAACCAAUGGUGAGUAAAAAGCUAUAUGACGCUGUAUUUGGAAGAUUAAGUAAACCAAAAGUUGAAGGGGCUGAAGAUGAUGGGGAAAUAGAGACCCUUGAUAAUGGAAUAGGAAGCUCUGACAGUUCCAUUGUAGAAGUUAAACAAACAUUAACCUAUUCUUCUGAAAUUGUUAAAUGCACAUAUCAAGAUGUCGAAGAAGGUUCCACCAAGAGUGUCCAAGAUGCUUUAUACUCAGAAGAAGUACUGUUAUUAACAUAUGAGGAAGGGUUAAGGCUGCAGGAAGUGAGUGUUUCACCAGAAAGAGAUGUGAGUGAUAAAGUUAGCAUCUCUAAUACAAGUAAAAAAACUGAAGAAGAUCCUCUUGAGGUAUGUGCACCUUCAAAUACAGAGGCGAACGAGCUUGCCCUCAAGAGACUGGCAAGAUCAAUUUUUGAACAGCAACAACUUGAGAGUACUAGUGAGGAGCAGCCAAACAAAUUGUGUCCCGCUUUUGAAGAGUUGCGUGCAAGUCCAGAAUAUUUUGAUGAAGGAUCUUUCUUCGCAAGCAUUCCUCAGGACUUCAUUUGCCCCCUGACUGGACAAUUGUUCGAAGAUCCAGUGACCCUAGAGACUGGUCAAAGCUUUGAGCGAGUGGCCAUAAAAAAAUGGAUGGAUCAGGGAAACAAAACAUGUCCUGUAACAGGAAAAACAUUGGAAUCUACAACUGUCCCACUCACCAACUUCAUUUUGAAGCGUGUUAUUGAUGCUUGGAAGUUACAAAACUGCGGAUAUCUUUUGGCUGUCGCCUCUCAAAUUGUGGGGAAUUCAGGGGAAGAAAGGUCAACAAACCGGGAUGAAACAGCUAUAGUUAUACUAGAGCAACUUCUUACCACUUUUAGCAGCAAAGAUAGAAUAACAAAUGCCAAACACCUUAUCUCUCUUGGUGGUUUGCAAUUUCUUAUUCGGAGGUUUGGGCUAGGAAGUUUAGAGGAGAGGACACGUGUAGCAGCACUUUUGUUAUGUUGUAUUGAAGCAGACACCAGUUGCAGAACCCAGAUUGCUAGAAGUGUAAAUAAACAGACUCUCCUGGAGCUGCUUCACAGCAAGGAAGUUAAGUCAAGAACAAAUGCAGUGCUCUUGCUGAGUGAAUUGAUUUGCUUGAACAGGCGGAGAGAUGUGGCGUCACUGUUAAGUGGCUUGCAGAAUGAAGAGAUAGUGAAAGCAAUGCAUGUUCUGCUCGUGUUUCUCCAGAGUUCUCCUCCAGAGCAAAAACCCUUAGUAUCUGUGCUUUUGCUACACUUAGAUCUUCGGGUAUGCUCAUUAAAUUUAAGAUUUAGUAGCUUUCAGAAUUUCCUCAAUGCUUAUUGGUUUCUCCAUUGUUCCUGA